AUGCUGGGUGCCCUGUUCAAGAGCCUGACUUCUGGCUUCAGCGUGUGCCUGGAGCGUGUGAAGCGCCUGCCCUCCUGUGAGAGCAAGACAUUUGAAGUGUGCUUCGACCCACAAAGUGCCAACCUGCCCCUGGGAAAAGUGGAUGUGCUCCUGCCCAUCAAGGUCAGAGGAGGCCCCACAUUCCAGGUCCGCCUCCGUGCCAUGGUGGCUGAGCCGUCCCUCUGCGUGUCCAGGGACAGGCUGGAGUUCUCUGCUGUCCAGUGUGGGCAGUUUCUAGGCAGUGGUGGCCACGUCUGGGUGGGAUGA